UCAAAGUUUUAUAUCCCCAACCAAUCACUAAAAGCCAUUCAUCAUGGCAUCUCUCCACCAAGUCCUUCCGGCCGCCGCCCCCUCCUCCUCCUCCCUCCGCUCCUCCUCCUCCACCGCCACCCGCCCUGUUGUUUUCGCUAAGCCGUCGCAUUUCCUCACCCAUGCAAAGCGCAACCACCACCGCCGCCUCAUCUCAUGCUCCUCCUCCUCCUCCAACGAGGGGUCGAAGGUCGACAGGAGGAACAUGCUCCUCGGUUUGGGAGGCAUGUACGGCGCCGCCAACCUCCUGUCCACCCCCGACUCCGCAUCCGCGAACCCCAUUCAGGCGCCUCAGAUCGACAAGUGCGGGAACUCCACCUACGACACGAGCGCCGGUGUGGCGACGCAGAUCAACUGCUGCCCGCCGUUCACCGGCACCAUCAUCGACUACAAGCUCCCCAACUUCCCCAAGACGAAAGUGAGGCCGUCCGCCCACCGUCUCUCGCCCGAAUACCUAUUCAAGUUCAACACCGCGGUCGACCGCAUGAGGCGUCUCCCGAAGGACGAUCCACGUAGCUUCAUGCAGCAAGCCAACAUUCACUGCGCUUACUGCAACGGUGGUUACGAUCAACCGGGGCAAGGCACGCUCGAUCUACAAGUCCACAACGGGUGGCUUUUCUUCCCGUUCCACAGGUGGUACCUUUACUUCUACGAGAGAAUCCUCGGCAAACUCAUCGGUGACCCGACAUUCGCUCUCCCGUUCUGGAACUGGGACAACCCUAAGGGCAUGACCAUCCCUCCCGCCUUCAUCGACCCUAAGUCGGCUCUCUACGACGCUAAGCGCAACCCCGACAACAUGCCGCCAGCGGUGGUUGAUCUCGGUUUCACCGGGAGCACCGACCCUCUCCAGGUGGUGUCCAACAAUCUCACCAUCAUGUACACCGAGAUGGUCCGUGGUAACUCCGACGUCUACGAUUUCAUGGGGAAGGCGUACCGUGAGGGGACACCUGUCAACCCCGGGCCGGGCUCAUCCGAGCGUGGGUCCCACACCGCGAUCCAUGCCUUCGUCGGUGACUACAAGAACCAGCCCGCCGGGGAGGACAUGGGAAACUUCUACUCCGCCGGGCGGGACCCACUCUUCUACAGCCACCACAGCAACGUUGACCGUAUGUGGACUCUAUGGCAGUUCUUCCUCCCGAGUAACAAGAUCCCCGACAAGAAGAUCACCGAUCCCGAUUUCCUCAACACGGCUUUCUUGUUCUACGACGAGAACGCGCAGCUCGUGAGAGUCACCGUGAAGGACUGUCUUGAUAAUCUGAAAAUGGGGUUCGAGUACGAGAGGGUUGAUCUGCCGUGGUUGGACUACAGGCCGCCGGCGCAGGCGGCGUCCGCGAAGGUUACGAGGGCCGGCAAGACAACCGUGAAGGUGGAGGACACCGUGUUCCCGAUCGUACUGGACAAGAUCGUGAGGGUGCUGCUCCCCAAGACCAAGAAGGGCAAGGCCGACGAGCUGCUGGUGAUCGAGAACAUCGUCGUCGACACGUCGAAGUUCCUGAAGUUCGACGUGUUCGUGAACGACGAGGACGACAACGUGGCGGAGAUAGACAAGGCUUCGUACGCCGGGACGUACGCGCAGAUUCCGCACAAGACGAAGGAGAAGACGGCGACAACAUCGAUCAGGCUGAAGCUGACCGACGUGUACGAGGAUAUGGAUGUGACCGACGAUGACACCAUUCUUGUUACUCUGGUUCCCAGGCACGAGGGCCCUGGAGUUACCAUUGGUGGCAUCAAGAUCAUCGAGAAUCCUACUCCGGCACCUGCCGCCGCCGCCGCGGCGCCUGCUUCUUGAAUAAGUUAAGGAAUCAUUCAUGCAUUUGUCGAUCUGUCUUGUCUUUUUUUUUUCUUUGUGUUUUCUUUGGAAUAAGAUUCGCCGCCGCACACAUGAGAUCAUGCUAUGCUUUCGUAUUUGAGUUGUGAUCUGUACAACGUGUUUCUCAUUGAUUUUAAUUCCACCCUUCGUGUACUCGGUUUUAAUUUCUUCGUUUCGAAUAAAGUUUGGCAUUUCGUUCCAUGUUU